UUUGUCGGAGAAACUGAAAUUAAUCUUAUUUUAUAAAACUUUAGUUAAAUUACAAUAUCAAAGAAAUUAAAUCAAGUUUUUUAACUUUAAUCGUGGUAUUUACUUACCAUAAUUAUGGAGAUAACAAGGAAUAACUUUCUAGAUGAACUAGAUACAAUAAAAAGAGAUUUAUCGAAAUCCUGUUUUGUUGGUUUCGAUGCUGAAUUUACAGCUCUCUUAUCAACAGAAUGCUUUAAACACAGAUUAUUCGACACAAGUGAAGAACGGUAUGACAAAUUAAAGAACAAAGUGAGCAACAUGAUAAUGACGCAGGUCGGACUAACCAUGUUCCAGUAUAACAGAGACCUGGACUCGUACACGGCUACUGGCUACACGUUCCAUCUGUGCCCGCAAGUCUUUGGGGAUAUUGACCAGUCUUUCAUAUUUCAAGCAUCAACACUGAAUUUUCUGUGUAAACAUAAUUUUGAUUUUAAUAAGUUCACAUAUGAAGGCCUGCCGUACUUGAGUCAAGUGGAGGAAGCCCGAGUGAGGCAGAGCCUCAAAGACAAAUCCCUGUUCAAUGACCUCUCCAGAAUGCUCACGAUGGAGGAAGAGAAACAGCUGCAGCAGUACCAAUCUCAAGUUUCCAAAUGGCUGAAAAGAAGUCAAGAAGACACAUUAUACCUGGACGUGGAAAACCCAGUGCUCCGAUAUAUAACCCACAUUGAGGUCCGGAUGAGUUUCCCCGAGGUCCUCACUACCGAUAGCUUAGGUAAUAGUAAGAAGAUACUGAUAUACCGAGAUAAAGACGUAGAAGGUGCACAUAGCGCUCCAAUAGCAAUACUAGAAGACAACCUCAUGAGCCACUUACUAGGAUUCUCUCAAAUCAUUUCACUACUCUCCGAAUCACAGAAACCUAUUGUAGGACACAACAUAUUCCUAGACACCGUAUUAUUACACAACCAAUUCAUUGGGCCACUCCCAAACAGAUACAAAGACUUUAAAAAUAACAUUCACACAAUGUUCCCCAAUGUAUAUGAUACUAAGUACAUAUCACACGAAAUGUCUAUGAAACUCAGCUACCAUGAGGUGUGGAAAUCAAACGCAUUACAAGAUUUAUACGAGUUCUUUUCGGAGGGAAAAUGCAAGAAGUUACAGAACGGCGUGAAUUUAAUCAAACUGAGCAGACCUUUCAAUGUUAAGCAGUCGUAUCAUGAAGCUGGGUGGGACUCUUAUUGUACAGGGUACUGUUUCAUCCGCCUCGGGCACUGGACAGCGUGUGAGAACCGCGGCAGCUACCGCCCUGUGGGACCCGUCGAGACGUUAUCUGCGCUCGCACCCUACUGCAACAAGGUUAACAUUAUUCGCGGCGCUGUGCAGUAUAUGAAUUUAGCGGAAGACGAUCCGCCGCGUCAUCGACCGGGGUUAUUGCAUUUGAGGGCUCUUGCAAAGAGAACUAUUAAUGUGGCAGAGGUGGCGUCUGAACUCGCGACCUUCGGAUCUUUAGACAUUAAGCCUUAUGGAAGCAGGACUGCUCUCAUAGCUGCUAGCAGUCGGCAUACUACACAAGUGAUCCUGAAGCAAUACAAGAACAGCAAAGUGUACAGAAUAGCUCCGUACAGCGUGUACCGACACUCCACGGCCGGGAGGAUGGCUAUAUGGAGUGGAGCCCUAAUCACUGGCAGCUUGGUGCUAUACUUACUACACAGAAAACUUAAAUAGGUAAUAUAAAGCGACGAACGUAGGCAACCAAAAUACCUCUUUAACCUUAGCCAAAAUAACCUGCUUCCAUCAAUAUUAGUGCCUUAACGAUAAAAUACUCUUUAGUCACGUUUACCAUAUUUAUAGAGGGUUAACAGUUAAUAAAAUUUCACUGCUAACCGAGUUUGCCAACACACAAAAUUCCAUAAUAAAUUGUACCUAAAUACCACCUUUUUGCGGCAAUCAUAAGUACUUUUUGCUAUUUUAGCGACCGAGUAUUGUAUACAAAGAUUCCUAUUAUAAAGAAGUUUUUUAUUGAUUAAUUAAUUAGAGUGAUAUAAUGGUGCAUUUUUAGUAAUUUAGUUAAAUCAUUUAGGUAUCUCUGUUUUGCAAUGCCAAUGGCUAGCAUGCCAAUGUGCCAAUAUUCAAUAUGCUAGUCAUCAUUGAAGGCAUUUUACCGUGUACAUAUUGUAGCAUAAUUGAUAUUUUUUAUUAAGGUUCUCCAAACCUAACUCUGGGGAUUUUGUUGCGCCACUUCUUCCCAGCGUAAACACAUACGAAGUGGUGAAGAUGGGUCUCGUGUAAUUUUGACGUUCUGAUACUGCAAUUUUUCAGCCUACUUUGAUUUUUGCUAAUUGUGAAAGUGUUCAAAUAUGUGACAGCUUGUUCAUUUUCGGAAUUUAUACAAUUUGCUAUACAUAGAUCAGUGACGCAAUAGAAAUAAAGUAUUUAAAUGUUUAAAUAACUUGUGACCUCAUUAUUGUUUAUUUUUUUCACUAGAUUGUUUAGUAUAGUGUUGACAACAAAUAAUUUAUAGACAGCUGUUGUUCAUUUGACUGAAGUCCAUACUAUUGUUGUUUAGUUUUAAGAUUAAUGUGCCACUUUAUUUGUUUAUUAGAAAUAAAUCAGUGACUGUUCCUA